CUGAAACAAAGAGACUCGUUGGAUUCGUGAAGCCGAAAAAAAAAAAAAAAUGGUAAUUCUCAGCAACGUCUCGUUGUUCUCCUGCUGCAACAUCUCUCAGAAACCAUCUCUCUUUUCUCCGUCUUCUCGUAGUUCUCAUUGUCCCAUUCGUUGCUCACAGUCACAGGAAGGGAAAGAAGUGGUUACCAGUCCUUUGAGAAGUGUGGUUUGGUCAUUAGGAGAAGAGGUUUCAAAGAGAAGUCUAUUUGCACUUGUCUCUGCUUCUCUCUUCUUUGUUGAUCCUGCUCUUGCUUUUAAGGGUGGAGGUCCCUAUGGUCAAGGAGUCACCAGGGGACAGGACUUAUCUGGCAAAGAUUUCAGUGGCCAGACUCUUAUCAGGCAGGACUUCAAAACGUCCAUCCUAAGGCAAGCCAACUUCAAGGGUGCAAAGUUGUUAGGUGCUAGCUUCUUUGAUGCAGAUCUAACAGGUGCUGAUUUAUCGGAAGCUGAUCUCCGAGGUGCAGAUUUCUCCUUGGCAAAUGUAACAAAGGUGAAUCUAACGAACGCUAACUUAGAAGGAGCGACUGUUACUGGAAACACAUCAUUCAAGGGAUCAAACAUUACAGGCGCAGGUGAAAAAAGAAAAGAAAACUUUCAUAAUAACAAUAAGCACAUCUCUUUAUUACCUCUGAGCUUCACAUAAAGUUUGAUACGUUUGUGUGUAUAAAUUUGAAUUGGAUUUAGACUUCACUGAUGUCCCUCUAAGAGAUGAUCAGCGAGUAUACCUUUGCAAAGUUGCGGAUGGAGUUAACGCGACUACUGGGAAUGCAACGCGGGACACAUUGCUUUGCAACUAAACUAUGAAAUGUAAAGCUUUGGACUGUGGGAGUCUUCUUCUUAUAAUUUUUCUUUGAGAUUUGACCAUUGGUGAAGCUUUUUGUGCAUGUUGUUCAAAGAAUGUGUUUGUAUAUAUUAUGUACUAAUCUCAAGCUUGACCUUGAGAGAUUGAUUAUGUAUAACUUCCCACAUGCUCCGUCUUUGUGGAGGUGAUUAGCUACUGGUUUUUGUUUUAUUUAUUGGUCUGAAUCACAAGAAUUAUUAUGACAUUUUUUUUGCAACUUUUACUUGUAAACUUCAUGCAGUUUGAUUAACAAAUAUAGUUUGUAUAAAUUACGAACGCG